UUAUAUUAUUAUAAAAAAUAAAAAUAUGGAUAAUUAAAAUGUCUAUCUCAAAAGAUAAUGGUUUAUCCAAUCAAGUAAAGGACGUUUAGAGGAUAAUUAUGAUUUCGAUUCUAAAAAAGUUUUAGGUAGUGGAACCUAUGGAAGUGUUUUUAAAGCAAAAAAAAAAGACUCUAAAAUUAUAAGAGCAGUAAAAUAGAUUCCUAAAAGCAAAGUUAAAAAUACUGAACGAUUUAAAGCAGAAAUUGAAAUUACAAGAUCAUUAGAUCAUCCUAAUAUAAUUAAAUUAUAUGAAACUUAUGAAGAUGAAAGGAAUGUUUAUUUAAUUAUGGAAAUAUGUGAAGGUGGUGAAUUAUUUGAUAGAAUUAUCGAAAAAGGAAGAUUUACAGAAGUAGAGGCAAGAUCAGUAUUACUUAAAUAAUACAAGCUUUAAAUUAUUGCCAUUCUAAAGGAAUAGCUCAUAGAGAUUUAAAACCAGAAAACUUUUAUAUUUAACAAAACAUGACGAUUCUCCAAUAAAAGUAAUAGAUUUUGGACUUUCUAAAAAUUUUGAUUAAAAUGUAUCUAUGUAAACUAAAGCAGGAACACCUUAUUAUAUUUCACCAGAAGUUCUUGAUGGUAAAUAUGAUUAAUCAUGUGAUAUUUGGUCUGCAGGCGUUAUUUUAUAUAUUUUACUUUCUGGUGUACCACCAUUUUUUGGAGAUGAUGAUUCUGAAAUUCUUUAAGCUGUAAAAAAAGGAGUUUUUACAUAUGAAAUUCCUGAAUUUGAAGGAGUUUCUAAAAGUGCUAAAGAUUUAAUUUCGCAAAUGAUUACAAAACCUGAAAAAAGAUAUAAACCAGAAUAAGUAUUGAAUCAUCCUUGGAUGAAGGAAGAGUUAAAAAACAAAAAUAAAUAACUUCCUUUGAAUUUUAAUGCAUUAAAGAACUUUACUUAACAUCAUAAAUUAAAAAAAGUUGCAUUAUCAUUCAUUGCUUCUUAGUUAUCAGAAAAUGAAAUUUCUGAAUUAGGUAAACUUUUCAGACAAUUAGAUAAAAAUGGUGAUGGGGUACUUACUAUAGAUGAAAUUAGAGAUGGAUUAACAAACUCAUCUGAUAAAAACUUAGAAGAAGUAAGGAAAGUAAUAUCCUCUAUUGAUACUGACGGGAGUGGGAAAAUCGAUUAUACUGAAUUCUUAGCAGCUACCAUGGAAAAAAGCCUUUAUAUGAAAGAAGAUAAACUACAUUAGGCUUUUAAAAUGUUAGAUUAAGAUGGAAACGGAAAAAUAACAAAAUAAGAGCUUAAAGCAGUUUUAGGAAGAGAUUAAUCUUUUGCGAAAUAAAAUGAUAAUUAUUGGGAUGAUAUGAUAAAAGAAGUAGAUAAAAAUGGAGAUGGUGAAAUUGACUAUAAUGAAUUUAUAGAUAUGAUGAAUAUAAUUACAUAUAAAAAAUGA